AUGGCUACAAUCGAUACUGAUAAUCGACGAGAAAUUGCUCGAUUACCAACUAGACCAAUUUCACUUGAAGAUCGUUAUGAUCCUCCAGCUAAUUUUCUUGAAAUUGAAAUUCUUAAUCCUGAAACACAUGGUUUUGGUAAUAAACGAUAUACGGAUUAUGAAAUUCGAAUGAAAACAAAUUUACCAGUAUUCCGUUUAAAAGAAUGUUCUGUACGUCGUCGUUAUUCAGAUUUUGAAUGGUUACGUACAGAACUUGAACGAGAUAGUAAAAUUGUUGUUCCAUCACUACCGAGCAAAGCAUGGAAACGGCAAGUACCUGCAUUUCUUCGUCGUGAUGAUGGUAUUUUUGAAGAUGAUUUUAUUGAAGAACGACGUAAAGGACUUGAACAAUUUAUUAAUAAAGUUGCCGGUCAUCCUUUAGCACAAAAUGAACGGUCAUUACAUGUUUUUCUACAAGAAACAACUAUUGAUCAUGAUAAAUAUGUUCCUGGCAAAGUACGAAAUUCAUAA